ACGGCAGUGAAGGAAUCUCAAAAAAAAAAAAAAAAAACUUUUCCAACACACAUCGCCGUGGUCCUUUUGUUUUACUGUUUAAUCCCCCCUUCGGCUCGUCCACGAAUGCGCAAAUAGCGGCUACGCUGCCUCGCCGUGCGCGUCGGUGAUGAAACGGAUGCUACAGACCGCUCGGAAGAAGGAAACUUGCGAGAGGAAAAAGUUGUGGGAUGAUGCCCGAGCCGACUGCAUCCCUCCCUCCAAAGUUCAGCUAAGGUGGCUAACGAUAGCUAGCAGCGCUCGCUAACUCUGGGGUGAAAGUUACAACACUUGUUUUGACUUCAUCCGCCAUAACGAGUGUUAACAAAGCACCUGGCGAUGAAGAUAGCUCAUGCUUGCGGCGAACAACUGAACGCUUCCAUCAUUGGCGUGAACUUUUGUGUUUGGUUUUUUUUUCUUUAGCCCAGUGGAAGUUAGCUCGACAGACAGCCAGUUAACCCGAGCUGCGUUGACUCUCACUGAGACAUGACAUGACACAUAUAUGACAGCUGGCAGCAAAGGCAGCUGUGCUUUAACAGUUUCUGUUAAAAAAGUGAAGUUUAUACAUGGACCAACUUCAUUAGUGUCGACACCCAUUGGAGGCUACGUGGAGAGAUGAGAGAAAAGGGGAAGUGAUAAACCUUGGCGACCAUAACAUGAGCAAAGUAAUGCCGGAGCUGGAUAUACUUACUCAAAUCAUUAUUCUCACAUUUGACAGUCUGAAUAAGGAGCUCUGUGGACUGGGCCACUUUGACAAGCUGUGCUUUUAAUCCCAAACAACUUCUCUCACCUUUUGUUGUUGUUGUUGUUGUUGUUGUUGUUGCCAUAUCUGUUUGGACACAUCUCUGCCUGUUUUAUCAAGACUUUGUGGUGGUCAUUGUGCUGUUUAGAGCAUUAUCAUUACCAUUGUUCAUCAUCAGCCGCACUCAGAGGGCCCCUGCGUCUUGGAUGAGAGUGCUAUAAUGAAGGUGACUGUGACGUUUGGGCAGACAGGUGUGGUGGUGCCCUGCAAGGAUGGGUGGACUGUCAGGGACCUCAUCCAGCAAGCCACGCAGAGGUACAGAAAACUCCUGGAACAGGAAGGAGAUUUCCUGGUUCGUACUCACCAUGUUGAAUACUGUGACGGGGGGAUUCUGGACCCAGAUGACAUACUCAGUGAUCUGGUAGAAGACAAGGACAAGCUGAUGGCGGUGUAUGAGGAGCAGGAAGCCCAGCAGAGGGGUGUGGCUAACACAAGCCUCGCCCCAAGUCCAGACCUCUACCAGUCUGAGCUCUCUGUCUUCCAGCCAAUCACAGGAGGCGAAAUUGAAGUCAAUUCCUCAGCCCUCAAGUCUAACACCCCCCUGUUGGUGAGAAGCAGCAGUGACUCAGCCCUCGGCCCCCAACCGACAGAGACUGAACCCUCACUCAAUGAGGACACUGCCGUGAUGGCAGCCAGUCCCGCUGUGGAGAGGCCAGCAGGGGUAGAUCGACCCCAAGGCAAACACACCUUCAAUGGCAGUCUGACUAGAACAGUGGAGAUCCUGGGAGAGGACAGUCCUCUGGGAAUCCAUGUGGUUCCUUACUGCUCAUCAUUCAGUGGACGGUCUCUUGGUCUGUACAUUCGUGGAGUUGAGGAGGAGAGUCGCUCAAGAAAAGAGGGCUUGUUCGAAGAGGAUGAGUGCAUCGUCAGGAUCAACAGCACCGACCUCAUGGACAAGACAUUUAGCCAAGCCCAGGAAGUAUUCCGUCAGGCAAUGCGUUCCCCAGUUGUCCGUUUGGAAGUAGUUCCCUCCUCCAGCAGAGAACGCUACGAGAAGAAUCUGAUUGGUCAGCUGUUUGGCAACGGCGCCGGUCCUGACAGCAGCCCCCGCAUCUCCAAGACCAAAGAGCCACCUCCACCUGUCAAAGCCAAACCUGUGUUUAAGCCCUCUGAGAAUCCAACCACGCGAUUGGCGGAGGAGGCUGCCACUAUGGAAGCUGCUGUUAAUACACCCAAGGGGAGGAGUGAGAGCCCCCUCCUUAAGAAAAGUCCUGCCCUCUCCAGCUUGGUGGCCAAUAAGAGAGGAGGGCGAAGACUGAGGAUCGAUCUAAAGAAAGGUUCAGAAGGUCUUGGUUUUACUGUGGUAACCAGAGAUUCUUCAGUCCACGGUCCUGGUCCCAUUCUUGUCAAAAACAUUUUGCCACGUGGAGCCGCUGUCAAAGAUGGACGCCUGCAGUCUGGAGACCGCAUACUUGAGGUCAACGGUGUGGAUAUCACAGGUGUGGGCCAAGAAGAGUUGGUGUGUAUGCUACGCAGCACUCGGCAGGGAGAGAGCGUGUGUCUUGUGGUUCUACGGCAGGAAGACAUGUUCCUGCCCCGAGAGAUGAAGGAUGAGGUGUCCCGUGUGCCGGUCUUUGUUUCUGAGAAUGGGAAGGAACAGCUUAUGUUUGAGGUGCCGCUUAAUGACAGCGGCUCGGCGGGGCUCGGCAUCAGCCUCAAAGGAAACAAGUCCAGGGAGACUGGAGAGGACCUGGGAAUCUUCAUCAAAUCCAUUAUACAUGGAGGGGCUGCAUACAAGGAUGGGCGUCUGCGUGUCAAUGACCAGCUGGUAGCAGUGAACGGAGAGUCCUUGCGGGGAUGCUCCAAUCAUGUCGCCAUGGAGACGCUCCGCCGCUCUAUGUCACAUGAGGGAAACUUAAGAGGGAUGAUCCAACUAGUAGUGCUAAGGGUUCUGAAGGACCAACAUGGGGUGUCACCCAAUCGCUCAUUUGACAGCUCCUCUGGCCUGUCAGGACUGGGGAGCCCAGUGAACGGGCAGACGGGAAACGGCCCCAUUUAUCCUCCCAUGGUGAACAACAAUCUCUAUGCAUUUAAUGUGACCAAUGGUAGUUAUUCUCACAUGGAUGAGGAAGAGGAUGGGGAGCUGUAUGGACAUGAAACAGAGUUCAGUAACUCUACCCAACACUCCUAUCUACAGGAGAAGGAAAAUUCUCACACCUCUAGCCCAGCUCAGCCCCAGGCUCCUACCCAGGGCCAGAACCAGCGGCAGUUCCAGCAUGUUAAAGCCUCCAAAAGCAUGGACCUUGGUACGACUCAGAACCAGCAGCCCACUGUGUCAGAUGAGAGCAACGUCGGAUCCGUUGGAAACACUGCGGCUCCAUCAACUCCUAUAGAACUCGGACCUACCCUCGGCUUGAAGAAAUCCAGUUCGUUGGAGAGUCUCCAGACGGCCAUGUCAGAGGUUAACAGAAAAAACGAAUUCCUCCCAUUCCACCGUCCUCGGCAAAAUAUGGUCAGGGGAAGAGGCUGCAACGAGAGCUUCAGAGCAGCUAUUGAUAAAUCCUAUGAUGGGCCACCUGAAGAUGAUGAUGAUGAUGGUUCGGAGCCGAGUUCAGGCCGGGACACCCCUGCCAGUAAUUCAUCCCGCCAGGGAGUUGGGGAUCGGAUAGAGGAGAAAGGCAAAAAAGACAAGAAAAAGAAAGCGAAAACAAAGAAGAAGGAAAAGAACAAGGGGAAGGGAAAAGAGAAAGAGAAAGAGAAAGAGAAAAAGAAAGCAGAGGAGCCUGAGGAGACGGAGAAGAAGAGCAAGAAAAUAGGCUUUGGCCUACUGAGAUUCGGGAAGAAAAAAGAGGAGAAGAAGGAGGCGAAAGCAGCUCUGCAGCGACAGAAGUCAGACAUUCUGAGUGAUCAUGAGCUCGAGAGGAUGAAAGAUGAGAGGGAAAGAAUUGAAGCCGGGCACCCUGAGCUGCGAGAGCACCGGCCCAGAGACCAGCAAGUAGGCGGCGGCGGGUCGGCAUAUCCAGAUGUCGAGGAUGAUGACGCGGACCCCAACUAUGCCCGAAUACAAUCCUUCAGGGACCGAAAUAUGGGUCCAAUGCCACAGCCACUGUCUCAGUCACCCCCGUACAGCACAAUUCAGCACACCCAUGCCCGCACCCCUUCCCCCCAAGGCCCUUCUGCCUUUCCAGGCCAUGGAAUACAUGGUAACGACCCUGUAGCAAUGCCUGAUGAUGACCCCCUUGAUAGGCUGUAUGCCAAGGUCAACAAACCAAGGGGAGCUGGGACAACAUCUCCUCCUGUCUCUGCUAAUGCCAAUGACAGUGUGGACAGGAUCCAGCAGCUAAGAAGAGAAUACCAGCAGGCAAGGAGAGAAGGCAUGGUGCCGCCUUAUGAAGAACUGGAUCCACGACGCAGAGGACAUGAAAACGAUGUACACAGGAUGCCAGGCAGAGGGACAGAUCAUCGGUUGGCACCACGUUAUGAAGAGGUGGAACGUCAGUAUGCCUCCUUACCAAGACGAGGUCCGUUGGAUCCAGCUGACUACCCCAUGCAGCCCUGGUCAGGUCAUUACCCCGGACCUCCCCAGGCCCCACAGGGCUACCCUCAGUCCCCGUCCUACCCUAACCCCAACUCCCAGACUGGCCCGUCUUACUCCGGCUACCCAUCUGGUCAGCCAUAUGCACGGCCAGGUGACCCUCGGGGCAUUGACCCUGGGUACUUCCCCCACCCAAGCUCCCAGCAGAGAGGCCCCUUGCGCCAGGAUGUGCCCCCGUCUCCCACCCCUCCACUACGUGGACUACGGUACGAUACUAUGACGCGUGGAACUGGGGGUGGAGCUUACAGGCACCUGGUGGACCCCAGUUCAGACCAAUAUGGCUAUACUGGGGAGGGAGGAAGACAGCAACAGCAACACCAAACCAACUCAAGACAGAAGAAUGCCAUGACUGCAGCUGUGUAGACAAAUCAGGUCCAGAGAUGAAAAUGAGCAGAAUGUUAACUGCUUUGUGUUGUGCAGCUCUUCUGCUUUCAGUACUCCAAUGAAAGAGUUGAAACCUCUUAAUGGUGUGAUUUGAAUUACCAUCAUUAUUGAGCAUUGUCUACGCUGUUUGAAGUAUAUGGUAAUACACAGACAAGCAAGGUAAAGGAGGUUAAUUAUAGAGUGGCCUGCGUGAUGCAUAAUGUCUUGUUGUUUGAAGUCAUUUAAAUUGCUUUGAGUCUUCCCGGAGUGUAAAAUUAGCAGGGUUUUUACUUUUCACUAUACUCUGAUUACCGUAAGUCAUCUCUUUUAAGAAUCAGACCAAAGCCACAAAGGUAAUUGGAUCCAUUUAAAUUAAGGUAAUAACGAAAUACAUACAGCUCUACACAUGUUCAUAUUGUACCAGGUGGUUUCACCGCUGCCACUUCAUGAACAAGACAAAAAAUAAAAUACUUUAUGUAACAAGUAAUGACACUUUUUAGUGUUAGUAUUUUUGUGCGAUAAAGACAGUUUAAAGACAGGGAAGCGUCUGAGACUGUAGCUGUUUACAAAAAUAUGAUUGAAAGGUUUGUAUUCAACCUGUAUGAAUAGCAACAAAUUAGUCUGAAGAUAUCAUUCUUUGCUUUGUUAGUUAGUUAGUUUAAUGGCUGCUGAAUCAAAAAAAUCAUCAGAAAUCUACAGGUACAAGACAGUAUAUGCAUCCAUGACAAUAAAUACACGUCAUUUAAAAUAUGGAUGACAGUUACAGGUAUGUUAUUAAAAGAAGUCCUGUUGUUUCAAAUUGCCUAACAGGGAGAACGCCACUAUACCAAUUCUAAUAAUAAUAUAUAUUAUGAAAAUAUAGAUUUUGUACUCAUGCCUAGUCUGAUCUCUCACUACAGUAUUUUUUCUCAGUGAAUUAUGGACACAUUUGAAUAAUUGAAGUGCACUAAGGCACAGUAGAGCACUGUAUGAAUUGUCUUUACGUGUAAAAAUGUGUUUUUAAUAAUGCUAUGAUUGCCUUCGAAAAUAUUUCUCUCAGUAGCGUUUAAAUAAUUUUUUUUGUCCAGGGUAUAACUCAAGUCUGAAAUCACUCUUGACUGUUAGUUUACAGAACUUAUUAAUGACCCUGUUCCUGCUUUAAAAUGACAACAUGUCAAAUUAGAUUGUAGAAGUACUGAAUCUCAAAUCUAUAUUCAUUUAUAUUAAUUUCAGGACAUGUUACUAUUAUUGGACUGUUUCUCUUUAUUUAAAACGACCUCCACUUGAAUGUAUGAAAGCUCCUUGGAUAACCUGUACUCAAUCCAUGGAGUCAACCUGUGUUUGUUGAAUCAUUCCAGCGUGAGUUGGCGCUCACUUCUUGGUUUUCUAUCAGCCCAAUUAAGAGAUAAUACAUUGCUUUAAAUAAGGACCUUUUUUUUUUCAAAACUUCCACCAAAAUGCUAAUAUCAACCUACAAACGUUGACAUUCUGGAAUAAGCUUCGUUAAGAACAAGAUGACCAUUUUGUAUAAAUACUGAAACCUCAGUUGAGGUAAUACACACACCAAAGCAAGAUGAUUCCAGCACUUCAUUUUAAACUGUUACAGCUUUUUACAGCUGCCUUCACGUCCACUUGGAGUAACCCCAAGUUUUUAGGCAGUAUGUGUUUUUUUAAACAUCUACUCUUUCAUGUAAUAUGUCAAACCACUACAAUGGCCUAUCUUGUACUAGUACUCGUACUAAUUGUGUUGUUGUUUUGAGUUGUUUAAGCCUCGCAGAUAUUCAGACUGCUGGGUAAAGCAGGCAGAAAAGGCAUUUCAGGUCUUUAACUGACUAGUUGCAGAGCUCACUUUCACUCUGUAUUACUUAGCAGCCUCUUUUUCUCUGUGCUGUCUGUGUAUGCCAUGUACUGUAGUUCGGAUGUGAUGGAUGUUCAUGGCACAUCUCUGUGACCUGAUGGUGUGGGCGUCACUGUGUGGUGAAGUGCACACAAGUCCUGUUGAAACAUGAAUUGAGCUUCAGAGUGCUCUUCUCAGUGCUGCACCACAGUGUAUAUCCAUUUAGCCACUCACUAAACCGUCAAUUAAGUGUAACUAAGAAUUAGGGUCUAGCUUAACAAUUCUGCGUUUCACUCCACAAAGCUCUGCAGUAUUAAUUUCAGCGGAGAUUAAAUGUAAAAAAAUGACAUUUCAGGAUUAGGUGAAUUGCAUUUCUGUUAGGGGAUGAAAUGACACUAAAGUGAGUGUUGAGAGUAAUUUAACUAAAACCCAUGGAAAAAAAUGUAAAGUAGAUUUUGUCUGUUAUUUGUUUGUUUAACAAAUCUGAAUAUUGAUUGAAAAGAGGGAAGUAGGCGGGCAGGCAGAAGGGUGUGUUAAAAGAAUUCAAAAGGACGAAAGAAGAGAGGGGUAGGUAGACAAUCAAGGAAGGAGUAAUGAAGAAAAGGGACGAAGAGAGGGAAGAUGUGUAUUGAUAAAGAGGGAUUAAAUAAAUAAUAGACUGAAAGUACGGAUGGAUGGAGGUGGAAGAAGUGCUAAGAACAGAUGCAGUGCAAUGACCCCAAUGCCUUUGUGGUUCGAUGGUUCGAUUCAGAGAGUCUUUUCAAAGAACAACAGAGCAGAGAAAAGAAUGAAAGUUCAUAAAAAAUCUGGGCGGCAGUUGAUCUGCAGUAGGAGGAGGGUCACAGGAGUGGGCUUGUAUUGACUGAAUGUAAUGACUUUGGGAAUAUUACAAAUAUUUGUCUUUUUCAUGCUAUUAUCACUUUUCAGCACCAGUAUGGAAAUCAAACUUCCAAACAAAACUGUCAAAGUAUUACUGAAAGAACACCAAUGAAGCACAUUUUUAGAAGACUGUUAACUCAUCUGUCAAGUAUAAAGAAUCAACACCAAAUUGAUUCACGUCCCUAUAGAUCAUUUUCUCAGUGAUAACGCUGUAGUCAGCUGACACUUAAGCCUCCACAGUGGUGAGUGUGUAGGUCAAAUAAUAAAUGGUAAAUUGGGAUUGGAGGGGAAAACAGUAAAACUUAUAUGCAAUAUUAUAAAUCCCAGCUAGGGCUGUCCUGGAUACCAUAUUUGGGGUUCAAAGCAAAUAUUUGAAGCUCUAUGAGCAGUCAGGGGAUGAGUCCUUCUCCUGCACUCACUACCCACUACCCUUUGCCUAAACCAAAUGGAGUAUUUCAGGUGCAAGAGGGCAGCUCCAGAGUUCAUUCAGUAUGAGAAAAAUAUGCACUCUGAGGGGGUUGAUGAGGCAAGGACCCAAAGCAAGCACAUCACUACAGUUGCCAACCACAGAUAACAGUUUGCAUUUUGCC